GCGGAGCAGAGACGGACGGUUCAGGGGAGUUGAGAUCGCCUGCAAAUGUCGCUGGAAAAAAGGGGGAAAAGCAGAAGAAGAACCGUCGCGCGGCUCUCCAUCAGCUCCACUCUUCACCUUCACUCGGACCGUUCUCUGAGCGCACGGGAAUUCCAGCCAGCCGGGAGUUGAAAAGCUGCCGAUGAGCCAACAUUUUUUUUAAGUACCGGCCAUGGCUGCCCAUCGAAUCAUCAGAGUGACUAACAACAACCACAUCCUGCCUCGAUGUAAGUCUGAGGGGACGCUCAUCGACCUCAGUGAAGGGGUGUCCGGGGCCAGUCUCAGCGAUGUCAAAGUGCCUUCUCCGAGUGCCUUAAGGCUGGACACUUCAGCCUCCUAUGGAGCUGCACAGGAAGUUGUUGCCAUAAAGGAUUAUUGCCCGAGCAGCUUUACCACUCUCAAAUUCUCCAAAGGUGAUCGUCUGUAUGUGCUGGACACAUCAGGGGGAGAAUGGUGGUAUGCCCACAACAACACAGAAAUGGGAUACAUCCCAGCCGCAUAUGUCCAGCCGGUCAGCUUCAGGAACUCUUCGCUGAGCGACAGUGGGAUGAUUGACAGUGCUGGGGAGGGGUAUGAGGAUGGACUAAAGGAAUCUGGAGGUCUCGGAGAGUGGACAGCAGUGAGCCUAAGGCCCUCUCCAAUUUACAACAACAGCCACUUUUCUGCAAACCCCUUUAUCUGUCCCUUAGAUCAAAACUGCAAAGAGGCAGAUGUGAGACACUCCGCAGAUCUCAAUUUCUUUGAUGCUCUGGCAUCACCAUCGACAUGCUCCACCUUUAGUACUAGUACAAUCGUGAACAAUGGGUUUCACAGCUAUAAUUUUAACGGUACUAACCCUAUCAGCCCCAUCCAAGAGAUUACACCUAACCUCCACAGGGAUAAUCCAUUUUUCAGGAGUAAGCGUUCCCACAGUCUGUCUGAACUGUCCGUGCUACAAGCACAAUCAAAUGCAACCUUACCUUCUUCUGGAUUCUUCACGGGCCUUAAGGCUCCGUCACCGGAGCAGUUUCAGAGCAGGGAGGACUUCAGGACUGCAUGGCUAAACCACAGAAAACUAGCCAGGUCUUGCCAUGACCUUGACUCUCUUGGUCAGAGUCCAGGAUGGGGGCAGACACAGCCGGUGGAGACCAACAUAGUGUGCAGGUUGGACUGUAAUGGAGGGGUUGUUCAGCUUCCAGACACCCACAUAAGCGUGCACAUUCCAGAGGGACACGUUAGCCAUGGAGACCACCAGCAGAUCUCCUUGAAAGCCUUACUAGACCCUCCUCUGGAACUAAAUAAUGAUCACUGCUCUACCAUAAGCCCUGUGGUGGAACUCAAGCUCAGCAACAUGGAGACCAAGUCUUUCAUCACGCUGGAGAUGAAGGUAUCAGUAACUGUGAAGAGAGAGAGCUGUCACACUGCUGAAGUGGUUUGUGUUCGUAGUGAUUUUAAAGAAGGGCCUUAUACACCAAUCCCUAAUGCUUACAUAUACAAGGAUACAGUGCAGGUACAGUUGGAUAGUCUCGAGCCCUGCAUAUACGUGGCUGUUGUGGUUCAGUCACAGUACCUCAGCCACAAUACAACUGUUUGGGACCACGUGCAGAAGAAGGUAACUUUGGGUGUAUAUGGACCCAAGCACAUUCACCCAUCCUUCAAGACAGUUGUGGCCAUGUUUGGGCAUGACUGUGCUCCUAAAACCUUGCUGGUAAAUGAAGUCGGCCGGCAGUCUAGCUCAACUCCGCCAGCGGCCCUCCAGCUGUGGGGGAAGCACCAGUUUGUUUUGGGAUACCCUCAGGACCUCAAGGUUGGUUUGUACUCCAACAUGUCCAACUACCAGGUAAAGGCAAGCGAGGGCGCUGGCAUGAUUCGUGGAUUUCAGGUAAAACUGGGGAAAGUGAGCAGACUCCUGUACAUGAUCACAUCGCACAACCCCAGCAGUAUCUCAGACUUUACUCUCAGGGUCCAAGUCAAAGAUGCCCUCGAUUGUAUCCUGACUCAGUUCUGCGUCCAAACCCCACAGCCACCGCCAAAGACAGGCGCAAGGAUUACAGGCCAGAGGAGGUUCUUGAAAAAAAAAGAGGUGGAUAAGAUUGUCCUCUCACCUUUAGCUGUCACCUCAAAAUACCCCAAAUUUCAGGAGCGGUGCAUUACAAACCUGAAAUUUGGGAAACUGAUAAAAACAGUUAUCAGACAGCACAAAAGUACCUAUUUGUUGGAGUACAAGAAGGGGGAUGUUAUUGCCUUGCUCAGUGAGGAGAAAAUCAAACUACGAGGGCAGCUGCGGACCAAAGAAUGGUACAUUGGAUACUAUCAGGGGAAGGUGGGGCUUGUCCACGCCAAAAACGUUUUGGUUCUGGGUAAGGUCAAGCCCAUUUAUUGGUGUGGACCGGACUUAACGACCACAAUGCUGCUGGAGCAGAUCCUGAAGCCUUGCAAAUUUCUUACUUAUAUUUAUGCGACUGUGAGGACGGUUUUAAUGGAGAACGUUGGUAGCUGGGGGGCAUUUGUGGACGCACUUGGAUAUGGGAAUUUGCCAUUGAAUUAUUUUUGUCGGACUGAGUUGGACAAUGAACCAGAGAAGGUGGCAUCAGUUCUGGAGAAACUCAAAGAGGAAUGUACCAAUAUGGAGAAUAAGGAGAGGAAGUCCUUCCAAAGGGAACUCAUGAUGGCAUUGCUGAAGAUGGACUGCCAGGGUCUGGUUGCCAGGUUGGUCCUGGAUUUUGUCUUGUUGACUACAGCAGUAGAGGUGGCAUCCCGGUGGAGGGAGCUUGCUGAGAAGCUGGCCCGAGUCUCCAAACAGCAAAUGGAGGCUUAUGAGGCUCCACAUCGAGACAAGAAUGGUCUAUUGGAUAACGAGUCUAUGUGGAAACCAGCCUAUGACUUCCUGCUGACGUGGGCUGCCCAUGUUGGGGAUAGCUACCGAGAUGUGAUCCAGGAGCUCCACCUUGGCCUGGACAAGAUGAGGAACCCCAUCACCAAGAGGUGGAAGCACCUAACGGGCACACUUAUACUUGUCAACUGCCUCGAUACCCUUCGCAGUGCGGCCUUCUGUCCUACAGGAUAUGGAGAUUUUGCUGUGUGAAAUGUGUGACAGAAGAUUUGAUGGCUGGUAUAGUAACUAAAGCUCAAUUCUGGGAUUUGUGUCCAGAGUUUUGUUGACUCGUGAACGGAAGUUGUCGAAAGAAUGGUACUCACAACAUGUCUGGAGUGGAUAUUUUCUUUGAAAGAAAAAGAAAACGUGUAGUUUUAGGGCAGUGUGAAGAAUCUAGACCAUCAGGUCUACUGUGCACAUCCUGCUGUCUUGUCUGGACUCUCGCAUCCACAUCAUAGCACCACUGAUUGGUUUUUGAUUAGUUACACACCAGAAGUAGCAACGCCACUUUCUGGCUCAAAAUACAUUGUGAAAAUAGAUAAUCUGGCUCUUUGUGUUUUUUAAGCAUCAUGUUGUCCCUUUCUAUCCCUUUCUUGUGGUCUCUACCUCUUAUGUUGUUUCCGCUUUUCUUUCCUAUAUUCUUCUUAAUCUCUUUUCUACCUCACACUUUGUCCUUUCAACUACGUUUUGAUGGCUUUCAGAAUUACAUGCUGCUUUUUUCUGUGUUCCUCUCAGCUUCCCCUUAUGCUUCAGUAAAUGGCAUUUUCAGGCUUCUGUCCUAAUGUUUUUCUGUCACUGUGUAUUUCCUUGCUUGACCCUCAGGACAGCAUCACUCCUCAUCGCUGCAGUACAGUGACAUUUCCACCUCCUUAUAUGUUGUUAUUUUGUUCAUUUGACUGUAUCUCACAAGCAUUUUUAAUUAUAAAAAAAGUUCUUUAAUCAAAAUAAAUGAGAAAAACUUUCAUAUAUUAAAACAGUACAAGAAUUGCCAGUGAUUAGCUUGCCAAAAACUAUUAGCUUGCUGACAGGGACUGUCUAUGUAGUAAAGCUGCAGUACAUCUGUUAAUGCAAGUAAUUUUUAUACUUACAUAAACAUUUGUUUUUCUUAGUUUGGAUUUAUUCUUGGUGGACUCCACUUACAUAACAAACUAAAGAUUUAGUUGCUCAAUAUCCCUAGAUGAAAUUGAUCCCAAAGAGCAUACUGUACAAAAAACUCCUUGAAAUUGCUUUGGUCACUACAGCAGUCACCUGUAGUUUGCAUGGAAGACAUCUACCUGUCUGCAAACACUUCCCAAAGUAAAAGAUUUACUGAGCAAGCCAACAUAUUACAAAGGUCUCUAUUUCUAGUUUGUAUGAUACUUUUCACAGUUUUGCUGGCACUUGUCGAGUAAAGACAAUCCAAUAUCUUCCAUCCAAACUAGACAAAGACACAACAGUAGUUGUGUACAACAGCUAGUAACCAAAGCAAUGACAAGGAGAUUUUUUGGUGAAGCACUGUUUACAUCUUUGUAGCUAAUUUCACCUAAUGAUUGCCGGCAACCUCCAGCAAUCAUUCGCCAAUACAGUUAGCUAACAAUGUUAGCAUGCUGCAUGUUGACAAAGGGAUCCAUUAUUAAUUUUGAAUUCCAAAACCAAAUUGCAAUGUUUCAGUGUUAAAAUCCAGUCAAUUGGGAAACAGUAUCUGUUUGUUUACUCUCACAUCACCAGCUAUUUUUUGGUCAGCUAUUUUUUGGUCCAAAUGCUUAAGCAGCAUUGAGAGUUAAAGACAUCCAAUUACUUUCAGCUCCAGUACUCAGUGGGACUGUUUUCCCAUGUGUGGUAGUUAGGUUUUCAUUACUAGGCAUCCAUGAAGAAGAUGCAAAGUUUACUGGAACUGGAAGAUAUAAGAGAAAGUUAGCUAGCUGGCUAGUUGCUAUCUGGAGACGUUAUAUCAUGUUCUGACUGAAGUAUUUCUUUUAAAAAACUGAACUGCUAUGGCUAUUGACCUUAACAAUAAAAGAAAACUAAAUACCAGAAAUGUUUGGAGGGUUAGUAAAGUUUGGCUAGUUGACAGAAUUAUAUGUUACUUACAGAGCCAACGUUAAGCUAAUUUACCACAGGGACGAUGCAAGAUGAAACUUACACUGUUCUCUAACUUAAACACUACUAACACUACUACAAGUACACUAAUUGAAAAAGAAAAAGGCUUAGGGGCCAAGAAUGACAGCUGAAUUUUGUUUUGGAGCUCUAGUCAUUUCAGCAGAUAGCAUUAGUUUGCUUGCUAGCUAGCAUAGAUUAGCAAAUUCAGUUUUCAACAUGUAACAUGGCUGCAAAUACAAAUAGUUUCAUUAAUUGAGACUUGAAAAUAAAGUGAAAUGCAUUUUCCUUUAUUUGUUAACCUUACUGAAAUCCAGAAUACUUAUAUGUAUUUUCAAAAUGUAUGCUUUUUUUUUCAGAUGGCUGAAAAUGUUUCAGUGCAUUCUCACGUCCUAACCCCAUACUCUUUAUUAGUUACACAAAAAUGUCAAAUGUGUUUGUUUUCAUUAAAAGAACUAGACAAACUAAACCAUCAGAAAUAUCUUUUUAAAGCUUUUAUUUAGUUUUUGUUAGUUUUUUUUGUCUUUUCAGAUGUUCUUGAUUCUGUGACUUUCAGCACGAAUAAUCAAUCCACUUUGAUGCUUUUUGGCGGGGUUUUGUGCUUUUGUUGUUUAUCUCCAUUAUGUUUUUGUGACCGCUGCAAUGUUUAGAAUAUGAACGUUUUCCGAGCAGAAAAUUUGCAAGUUUAUAUAUUUGUACCAAACACCGACUGAGUAUUGACACAUUUGUAAGUGAUGCUUUAUCACAUGUGAGAAUUUGCAGAUCUGUUCAGUGUUUCUGUUCAGUAUCAAUAAAACCAAAAAACAUAUGAAA